AUGUACCGGGCACAGCUGCUGCGGAAACUCGGAGAGGCUCCCACAGAGCGGCUUGAGGCCAGCACGUGCCCAACAUUCUCUUCUUCGUCUCCCGGCCUCGUCCUGGCCGCACCUGAUGCGUGCUACUUCGGCAGCGUCCGACCUGCUCUCCCACAGAUUGCUCGCGGCGCGCCCUGCGGAGCCCCUUCGCAGCUGAAGCAGCUCGCAGAGCCGCGCACUUUGCUCGCUGCAACUUUCCCGCUCCUUUCGAGAUCCGAGUCUGCAGAGUCGUCCCCCGUGUCCUACCCGUCCUCUGCGCCUUCGGCGGGUGCCUGUGCGCCCGCGGCCUCGUCGGCGCCGCCUGCAGACGCAGCGCCGGGGGUCGCCAGCGCCGGCACGCAGACCGAGCCUGCCCCGGACGACUUGCAGGGAACCGCUGGACUGCAGCCGCGCGCCGGUGCAGCGAAGGAGACCAGCGGCAUGGAGCCGCCGCUCGCGGGAGUUGAUGACUUCGCCGCGGGAAGAUCUGGAGCGGAAGAAGAUGACGUGGAAGACCUCAGCGGGUGGCCCACAGCGCUCGUGUUGGACAGCGACAACGAGGGCGACACAGACUGCAUAAGCAAGGGAGAAGAAGCACACACGGAGGACGAAGGCUGCCAGGUAGACUGGAGCACCGCAGACGAGAAGGACGACGACGAACAGCGGCUCUCCGCCAGCGUGGCACAGAUCAUCCGAGGAGGCGGGGCCGUUGCAGAGUACUCGCGGGAUGCACACGCAGAAGGUGGCGCAAGCGCGAAGGCCUGCGGCGACGCUGCGGAAGAGCUUUGUGUCGGUCACGCGGAUUGCACGGCGCUGGAGUUCUGCCUGCGUUCCUUCCGCAGGCGCGUCUUUCUUCCGCGGUCGAAGCGCCUCCCGGGCCAUCAAACAGUCAUCAUUUUCGACUGGGACGACACGCUGCUCUGCACGUCGUUCUUGAACGUGUACUGCCGUUCGCCGGACUGGCGCGUGUCGGUCGUGGAGCACCUGGAGACGAUUCAGCGGCACGGGAAAGCUCUGCUGGAGCUGGCGAUGAAGAUGGGGCACGUAUUCAUCGUGACGAACGCCGUCGAAGGCUGGGUGGAGCAUUCCUCUCGGCGGUUCCUUCCUGGCUUGCUUCCCGUCUUGGCAAAGCUUCCAGUUAUCUCUGCGCGCAACCGGUAUGAGGCAGUCUACCCGGGCGCGUAUCACUUAUGGAAGGUGCAUGCGUUUCUGGAAGUUCGGCGGCAGCUAGACCGUGAAAUCAACACGAACCUGAUAAGCGUCGGCGACUCAGAUAUCGAAAUGGACGCAGUGCAUGUCAUGGGCAAGGAGUUCGCUCAGGCCGUCGUCAAGACGGUGAAGUUUCGAGAAAACCCUUCGCCGGAAGAGCUGGCGAAGCAGUUGGAGCUGGUCACAAGCAAGUUCGAGAAGAUAUGCUUGAGCGCAUGCAACCUCACCAUCGGCCUCGAAAAACAAUGGGACGACAGCAGCGCGCGCCGAAGCCAGGCCAACCCGGGCGACCCCCGCCUUUCGUCGUUCUCUCCCGCAGCAACUCUGCCGUGUGGUUCUUCUUUUCCGGCGUCGGCGUUCGCGCCUGCACCGGGGCUCGCGUGUAUCGAUCUAAGCUCCCCGUUCGCCUGUCGUCCCUGCGCAGCGUGUCCGCCAGCGUCCUUCGCGCUCGCUGAGCACCUGCCGAGCUCCGCGUCUGCCGCCGGCGUCUCUCAGGGCGCCGCGCGCUCUUCGGCCGGCAAUAUGAGGCUUCAGCCCGAGUUUAUUCAGGCGCCCAACCCGGGGCACGUUAGCGUGAAGUCAACCCUCCACGCGCUUACAGGGAAACAACCAGAGGGGCGGGAUGGAGGCGCGGAGAGAGGCGCGGAGGCAGGACAGCAGACAGGAAAGGCGAACCAGACGACGAGGGCGGGGAAGCGCGAAGGAAGACUGCCAGCCGGAGAGCAGGUCAGAGGGGAGUUUCGCACAAUGCACACAACGCGAAGUGAGUAUGUGUUUGACAAAGCGGCGCUGCAACACGGGGAGUCGGUCGCCGGAGGUCGCGCGGACGGAGAUGCGGCCGGGGGAGGUGCGUCUCUCGGCGUUCAGGCGCUGAAUGAGCAUUUUCUCGCUCGACGUAGCCAGCCCAUUUUGAGCGAUCGCGUCGCGCAUGUGCCUCUUCGCUUGGCGCGUGAGGUCAUCCGGACGUUCCCCGAGCAUCUUGCGUCGUCGCCGUUGCCGUCUAGUUCGUCCUCGUCGCCGGCUAGUUCCUCCUCUUCGUCGUCUUCUCUCGCCUCCGCCGAGGAUUCGCCUCCUUCCGCGGCGUCUGCUGCGGGCUGCUCGCUGUCGGCGGCGACGCCCAGCUGGAGCGCCCCGUCCUCUGCGUCCGCGUUGCCGCGCGCGGCCUCGCUAUCAGAGACACCCGGGGCUGCCGGCGUCUCCCGCGCCGCCCAGCGCGGGCGAGGCGCGUAG